GAAAUAGUGGCGUGGGGGAUUAGAAAAUACGAGAAAACAUACGCAGUGAGAAUGAUUUAUAAUGGUUCUAGAUCUCGCUCCGGACAAUCGAUAGAGAUACCUCCGGAUUCGGUUUACAUGAAUAGGUCUUCUAUCGCCGGUCUUAUGUAUAUGAGCGAGCACCGUCAUAGUGCCGCUAGCUCGGACGCACAAGAUGUAGUGUAUGUGAAGGAAGAUGAUCCAGAGGCAAGAGCAAUAAAUUAAAGCUUUCCUAUCGGUCCUCAUUGUCCAGAUUCGAGUUUUCCUUAUUUUUCAUCAUUCACCGUCCCACUACAUCUCAAAAUGAUCUUCAAAGUUCUACAAGGCGGAACCGUCAUCUCCUUUGACGAUACGACGCAACGCGUUGUCGUCCUCCCCAAUACCUCAAUUGUCAUUCAAGAUGACCGCAUCCAUGCUAUAACCCCAACAGACUCCACGGAGCUCCCACAGGAUGCCGAAAUUAUCGACGUUACUGGGAAGAUACUCUGCCCAGGCUUCAUCAACACGCACGUGCAUAUGUGAGAGACUGUCUAUCGCACUCUCGGGCCUGACGUUGUUCUUUCGCGCUACUUCAGCGACUGGCUAUGGCACAAUUCAAAGAAAAAUGCUGAGGUAUUCAGGCCGAAUGAUGUUUAUGUGAGUUGCUUGUAAGGGUAUCUAGAAGGAUUGAACGGGGGCGUUACAUCUUUUUUGGACCAUGCGCAUAACAAUUGGGGUAAAGAUGUGGUGAAACCGAGUUUUGAUGCAGCAGUGGAUAGCGGAGCAAGGGUUUGGUGGUGUUAUGAUGUCGCAGAUCGAGAAGGUUUUCCUAUAAAUGAACAAUGGGAUGUUCUAAGUGACAUUUCUUCAAAGUUGAGCGUGAGUGAUCUGGUCCAAACUGGCAUGUCACUCGAUACUGUGUCAUGGACAUUCCAAAAAGAUAGUGGAACUGGGUUAGAGUAUACACGAGAGAUGAUUAGCAAAUUAAAACUCAAGGCCCUGACUGUACACCACUUGGGCGGGCCGUGGCCAGCUGCAAACACAUCCCCUGCACAAUUAUGUAGACUCGAAUUGCACAGCGAUGAAUGUCCGAUAAUAUUCUCACACGCACCGUUUAUGACCGAAGAAGAGCAACACACACUGCGCGAAUACAAUUCAUUCAUCUCUAUCACGCCAGAAUCCGAGUUCCAUUUUGGCCACGGCCAGAAGACUGGCCAUCUCGUCUCAGAGCAAGCUUCUCUUGGACUUGACACUAAUUGGACAUUUUCCGGCGACAUGUUGUCGCAAGCGCAUUUGUGGCUCCAAACAGUUCGAUUGAACGAAUACCACAGAACCCUGGAAAAGGGCAAGUUACCAAGAGAGACUCCGUUCAGCGUCGAACAAGGAUUUCUCAUGGCUACUCGUCAAGGAGGUCUUGCUAUGAAGCGGCGCGACAUUGGUGUGCUUCAGGUUGGCGCUAAAGCCGACAUUCUGGUUUUUAAUGGAGAUUCUCCGAAUAUGCUUGGCUGGAGCAACGCCGUAGCCGCGGUGAUGCUUCAUGCUAAUGUUGGAGACAUCGAGCAUGUACUUGUUGAUGGAAAAUUCAGGAAACGAGAUUUCAGGUUGGUUAAUCUAAAGACCGAGUGGAGUCAGGUAAAGGAUAGCUUCCUAGAGUCCUCGAUACGCAUACAACGGCUCGUUGCUGUACCGCCGCCGAUGCCCGAAAAGCUUUGGGGCCAGGGAGAAAUGGGAGAUGUCGAAAUCGUGACUACAAUUAGGACUGAAUUCUAAUAUACUUCUCAAUAAAGUUUGUAUACCAACCUAACUCUUAUGCCGAAUGUGUUUUAUCUCAUAUAACGCUUUUUUUAUAUAUUUUUUUUAUCAAAAGAUUUAUACCUAGCUAUUUCGCUCUACUUUAUAUCAAAAAAUAUAUAACGAAAAACA